UUGUUUGAUUAACAGGGCGUCAGUUUGUUUGAAUUCUUCCACAUCCGUGUAUUGCUAUGGGGAAUUAUCUGUCAACCAACUAUAUUCUUCCUGAAGAAACACUUGUCACUUAUGUGGAAUUAACAUACUUAAAAAAGAACGAAAUACAGUAUAUUGUUAAAAUACUUGACAAUGUAAAUCCAGGAAAACUUUGUGAAAAUAUUCAGCAUCGUUUCACUAUUGACGAAGUCGAAACCAUAUUGCCACAAAUUCGAUGCAGUCCAUUUCGUGAUUCGAUAUAUCGAGUAUUUUCUUCACAAAAAGACAAUCAUUUAAGUUUGGAAGACAUAUUGGAUUUAUGUUCUGCCUUCUCUAAACAUUGUCCUUCGAAAAUUCGUGCUGCUUGGGCAUUUUACAUUUUUGACUUCGACGGCGACAAUCAAAUCUCAGUGGACGAUUUGAUCGAAACUGUGCACAGAUUGACACGGUGCGACCAGGACGAACAUGAAACCAUUGAUUCGGCGACAGCGGAACACGUCGCGCGAAUGAUACUUCAAGAGAUGGUGUUCACCCAACAGGGAAGCAUUUCCUUCGAAGAAUUUAUACGUUUCGCUUCGAGAAUUGCAGAAUUCUCGUCAACAUUCUCCUUUCAUUUUAAUGUUUAAUUAUGCUCAUAUUAUGGUAAUUAUUUCUGUAACUUUGAUAUGCAUAUUGGAGCAAAUGUACGACUUUGUACUCCAAAUUCAUGUGCAUGCAUAUCAUUACAUAAUUAAGUAAUAAUUAUAUAAUUUUCUCAAAAAGGCAUUUUCACAAAUUAAUUCCAUUGGAAUGGAAUUAUCGACCACUUCGUAAGGAAAAAGACGCGCAUAGAUGUGCUUUGCAUUGAAUUUCACAUAAUAUAUUCAAUUGCAUGUUGCUUUACAACUGAAAAAUGUUAUUAUUCAUGGUUACUAUUAUAUUAUUGUACAUGGUAAUACAAAUUUAUAGCACUGUCGGGGGUAUGCUUUUAAAUACGCAUAAUUAUCGAUUUUGUAACCUUAGCGAUAUAAUUAAUGUUUCAAUUAUUAGAUCGUAUCUCCUACAUAGAAAUUGUCGAUAUCCAAAACGAAAAUUUCAUUAUAUGCAGGUCGAUAUACUUAUUGUCAUUUAUUUGAUAAGAAGAGUUCAUUUCUUAGAAGGAUAUGUAGAAUAAUAAUGGUAUCGAUUACAUUAGAUUGGUGGAAAAUAAAUGGCCCAUCGGUAUUUA